AGCCCAGAGGCGGCGGGGCGCAGGGAGGGGACCCUCGCGGAAACGGGGCGGGGCCGCGCCGCCUUGGAGACUCAUUGGAGAACCCGACCGCCCGAAGCUGAUAAAUAAGGGCCCGGGCCGCGGCCGGGGGCCAAGUUUGAAGCCUCGACCCGAGCGAGGGCCCGGUCAGCACCCGCCCCACGAGGCGAAGCCCGGCUACCCCGUGCGGCCAUGGCCUCUCUGCUUGGAGGCUACCCGUGGCCCGAGGGGCUCGAGUGCCCAGCCCUGGAAGCCGACCUGUCGGAUGGACUGUCGCCGCCGGCCGCCCCCCGGCCCCCUGGGGACAAGGGUUCGGAGAGUCGCAUCCGGCGGCCUAUGAACGCCUUCAUGGUGUGGGCCAAGGACGAGAGGAAACGGCUGGCGGUGCAGAACCCGGACCUGCACAACGCAGAGCUCAGCAAGAUGCUGGGGAAGUCAUGGAAGGCGCUGUCGCUGUCGCAGAAGAGGCCCUACGUGGACGAGGCAGAGCGGCUGCGGCUGCAACACAUGCAGGACUACCCCAACUACAAGUACCGGCCCCGCAGGAAGAAGCAGGCCAAGCGCCUCUGCAAGCGUGUGGACUCCGGCUUCCUCCUGAGCUCCCUCUCCCGGGACCAGAACGCCCUGCCGGAGAAGGUUGGCAGUGGCGGUGGGGCGCAGGGAGAGAAGGAGGGCAGGGGUGAGUACUCCGCAGGUGCUGCUCUGCCCAGCCUCCGAGGCUGCUACCACGAGGGCCCGGCUGGCGGUGCCCCCGGCAGUGUGGACACAUACCCCUACGGGCUGCCCACGCCCCCGGAGAUGUCUCCCCUGGACGCGCUGGAGCCCGAGCAGACCUUCUUCUCCUCCCCCUGCCCGGAGGAGCACACCCACCCCCGACACCUGCCGCACCUGCCCGGGCCCCCCUACUCCCCCGAGCUGGCCCCCAGCCCCCUCCACUGCAGCCACCCCCUGGGCUCUCUGGCGCUUGGCCAGACCCCAGGGGUGUCAGUAAUGUCCACAGUCCCUGGCUGCCCCCCGUCUCCUGCCUAUUACUCCCCAGCCACCUACCACCCGCUCCACCCCACCCUCCAUACCCACCUGGGCCAGCUCUCCCCACCCCCAGAGCACCCCGGCUUUGACGCCUUGGAUCAGCUGAGCCAGGUGGAACUUCUGGGGGACAUGGAUCGCAAUGAGUUUGACCAGUAUUUGAACGCUCCUGGCCACCCAGACUCUGCACCCGGGGCUGGGGCUCUGAGUGGGCACACACCACUCUCCCAGGUGGCCCCCACAGGCCCCGCAGAGACCAGCCUCAUCUCUGUCCUGGCCGAUGCCACGGCUGCAUAUUACAACAGCUACAGUGUGUCCUAGAGCCCCAGGCGAGUCUGCCCCAGCCCUUGCCGCCCUGUCCGUCCCGUGGACAGUGGGAGCAAACUGCACAGUGCCACCAGGCUUCCUCCUGCCCCCAGUGGCGGGGAGGCCCAGACGUCGGCCCUGGAGCCUUCGUCCCACAGCCAGGACGGCUCUGUGGAUCCAGCGCCCUUGAGUUCCUUCAAGUGAGUUCCUCUGGCUGCAGCCCGGGAGCAGGGGCCUCCGGCUGCUGACACGCUCUCUCCCCUCCCGAAUGAGCUGCCCCGUCCUGCCCUGCCCUCCUGGCCCGUCACUAGCUGGGAGCCACACCCGUUCGCUGGGUGCUUGGGGAGGAAGAGCCAAGGUCAGGGCCCAGCACUGCCACAGACGCUGGUGAAACCCCCGCCCGCCCUCCCCUCCAGCACCUCCGCUCUGCGAAGCCGCGGCAGACUGGACAGCCAAGGCCUCCGUGCCCGCCAUGUCCUGAGGUGGGGUUCUGGCGCGGCUGCCUGAAGGACAGUAGGGCAUCCUCACGAUGUGCAGCCUGGCUCUGCACGGCUCUGGACAUGGCUUUCUGCUCCUGCUGUCUCCCUUCCGCGGUGCCCUCGCUCGGGUGGCAGGACUCCUCCAGACGGAGAUUUGGAAGUCAGACAGCAUCACUGGAAACGAGACUGAGUUCAAGCUGGGUUUUUAAAGAUAGAGUUUUCAGUCAAUUCUUUUUCAUCACGCACACUCGGAGAGAGUCGGUGAGAGACGCCCCCAUACUCACCUUUGCGCACACUCCCUGUGGUGUAAACCAGGUCUGCUUAACCGUGGCCGUCUCUCACCACCUUCUGCUCCGAAAGACCCCAGGAGCCAGGCUCCUAACACAGAGCACGGUGGAGCAGCAGACUGUCAGCACUCCGGAUAUGUUGGUUUCUUGAGCAAAAUUUCACCACUCUUUCCCCUCCGCACGUGCAAAAAGAGCCUCUUCCCGCUGUCUCAGCUCCCUUUCUCCCUUUCCUGGAAUUUCUUUCUCUCUUCUGCUUUCUCUUGCUCCACCCGCUGAAUUGGUUCCCUAAUGCAAAGAGCCCCUGACUUGACACCCCAGUGAUUCCUCUGUCCGGAGAAUUUCUUAGCUGGUGAGUCAGCCGGUCCCUCAAGCUCUGUCCUCUGCCAGCGCGGUAGAGCCGCUUCGCGCAGCCUCUUUGUGAGACUCGCUUCCCAAGCAGAAACACACUGUGACUCUGACACCGGUCCUGAGCCGCGACAUUCCUGUCCUCUGUCCUCCCCCGAAUUUCCUUCGAAGGAGCAGACCUAACGUGCCACUUGCUUGUCUUCUGGCGUCAGCAUAUUAUUGCCCGUAUGAAAUGUGUUUUAUAUAUUCUCCUAUUAUGUUCACCUUAUAUUUCAUAUUGUUGAUUCUUUUUUCCUUCCAAGAAGUCUUACUGUAAAAUCACUUACCUGAUUAAUCUUUAUGUUAUUACUGUAUAUGCCAUAGUAAAUUGUUCUGGUGCACAGCCCAGAAGUGUAUUAAUAAUCAUGUAAAAUAGUAUCACAGACAUUAAGCUAAACUGUUCCAUUUUUUUUUGUAAGGACUACACAUGCUUGGAAUGGUUAUGAUAUUGAUUUGUCAAAAAUAUUUAAUUUAAAUAAACUUUUUUGUACCAUGA